GGAGGAAAGGAGAUGAAAAUCAGGUGAAAAUCAGAUGCAGAGGUAUUCGUCAAGGGGAUUAAUUAACGGGAGCAACAGCAGAAGAUAAGAAAGAGACGGCUUUGCUGAGGGGGAUAGCAAGAAGAGCAGGCAGUGAGCAACUGACGCGGUGACUUCCAAAGCUCCCGCUUGCUUGACGAUUGGGCUGGGCUGGGUGCCUUUGGUGCCUUGGUGCCUUAGCAAUACCAGCCCGCCCGGUUGCCGCCGCCCUGGUUCUGCCAACGUCACCUGGGGCUACCAGCCAACCGAGCUGCUUGACCGUCGAGGUAUCUGUCAAUGUCUUGAUAUAGACAGAGCUUUGCCUCUUUAUCUGACCCUUGAAUUCUAUCUGAGGCUAGGCUUGCCUCGUUUCUGCUCGUGCGAUUUCAACUCCAGCUUUAUCGCUGUUCUUGGACCCUAGUUGGUCCUCUUGUCUCCGCAGUCAUGGCGGCAGGCCUAAAGACCAUCAUCGCCCUUUCGUUUGUACUUGCGAUUGGGUUUCUUCUCGUGAUUCUUUCGUCUGCCCUCUGGCACAACUUCCUGCCGUUGGUUGUUGUUGCGACUUACGUUGUCGCUCCCCUGCCGAACUGGAUAUGUUCUCGAUGUGCCAACCCAGAUGACUUUAUGGACAAUUCUGGAAAUGCGGCGGUGGACUUUGGUCGAUUCUUGACGGGAUUUCUUGUGCUCAUGGGUAUCGCGCUCCCGGCCGUCCUUGCACACAGCGGUGCGAUCGAAGUUCCAGCGAUGAUCAUGUCGAUUCUUGGAGGUCUCCUUAUCUACGGAACCAUUAUUAGCUUCUCGAUGUUCUUCCAGGAGCAAGAAGAAUUCUAAGAUGCAGUGGUGGCACCAACUUCAUAAAGCAGGCAGAAAACCAUAUUGGAUGCCUUGCAUUUUGAAAUGCCUCCAGCCCACCAUCGCUUGUUAUGGCCCUACGUAUUGUUUGCAUGAUAUCAGUUAUUUGCUCUGACGUAUUCCAAGACUAUUUACUUUCUAUUGAACUUUCCACUGCGGGAGUCGGGUCUAUUGAUUGAAGCGUUUCUUUGUAUGCGAUAUUCUUGGGUGUACUAUAAGUACUAUAUGCUAUGAUUAUAUAGAGUGUUCAC